GUGAUGUCUUCAGACCGGUCAUUCCUGAUUAACAGAUAACAUUUGAAAUUUGGUCACUUGUUGCGGCUAUCCUGUUGACCCAAAGGUGGAUACUGAAAACAAAGAAUGAAGACCUUGAUACUGAUCGUUUUGCACAUAGCAGCAGUAUUCUGUCAGUUCAACCUAAAUAAAUUAAGUUAUACGAAGCUGCCGUACACAACUAACAACAGAUUUGGAUUGCUUAGAAAUGCUGCUCACCAGGCUGCUUAUCAUGCACAGGAACGUCUUCUUUAUGUUUUAGGCAGUCAAACAGCGACAAAUGAACCACGUCUACUCCAUAUCAUAGAUGCAAGCAACCCAUCAUCUCCAUCAGUAAUCCACACGCACGAAUUUAGUGCAACAGAAAAUGGAAGAGCCAAUGAUAUUGCUGUUUGUCCAGAUUCAGUUGCUGUAUCUUUAGAGUCACCACUCGCUACUAAAGAAGGACAUGUGGAGAUGUUUGUGCCCUUUCGUCGUGGAGACUCACAGCUUGUUCUCAUUGGAAGAGAACCAGUUGGAGUUGACCCUAAAGGACUGGCAUUUACAAGUGACUGUCAAAAACUGAUUAUUGCUAACGAGGGUCGGGGUGACUUGGAUUCUGUUGCCCAACAGUUUGUUGAUCCACCAGGGACAGUAACAAUAUUGCUGAGAAACGAUCUGGGUACACCAGCACUAGUUACAAUUAAUUUUGAGAGAUUUUUAGGUGGCAGAGAAGCAGAAUACCAGAGCAAAGGAGUGAGAUGGGUAUACCAGGGCAACCAUAACGCUGGAGUCAUAAACAAAAUGUCGGACGAUCUCGAGCCGGACCAGGUUACCAUAAGCAACGAUCAACGAUUCGCUUAUGUUUCUCUUCCUGAAAACAAUGCAGUUGCAAGAAUAGACAUUAACUCUUAUUCGGUAAAUGAAAUCUUUGCGCUUGGAAUAAAAAAUUGGACGCUUUAUAAUACAGACUGCAGUGACCAGGACGGAGGGGCAAAUUUGGUACGUCGUCCUGUAUAUUCAAUGUACCAAGCUACAGACAUUGAUACUGUUACACUGAAUGGCCAAGAAUAUGUUCUAUCAGCAAACCAAGGAGUCAUCAAAAGAUAUGCCGCAGUCCAAGGUGAUACAUUCGAUGAGUCGAGGCGAGCAAGAACAAUAGCUAGUGAUGGAGAGUUUGAUGAAUCAUCGUUCACGUCAGAAUUGUCAACAGCAGUACGCAACAACCAACAACUUGGUAGAUGGCAAGUAAGAUAUAGUGAUCACUUUGAUUUUAUAUCAAGACAAGUAAAGAAUGUGAUGGGUUAUGGAGGACGCAGUGUCUCUCUGUGGCAAACUCAAACAAUGUCUUUAGCGUUUGAUACUGGAGACGAAUUAGAAACUCAGGAAUUCCAAAAUUAUCCAACAACGUUCAACGGGGAAGCCAACAAUGGAAACCAAUCGCCAUUACAACAGGUUGAUCAGCGUUCUGACGAUCAUGGCCCAGAGCCCACUGCUGUAGCAAGUGGUCUAUACGGAAAUAAUUUACCAAUAAUAGUCGUAGGUACAAGAACUGGACUCAUUCAUAUGUACAGUGAUGACUUACUGGUACCCAGACAUCAAUCUGUUCAUCGUGAAGGAAUGACCAAUCAGCCUUGGAAUACAUUGUACACCAAUGGACAAGCUGGAGACGGCAUUAUAACAGACAUCGGAAUUAUAAACGCAAACGAGUCACCAAAUGGACAGCCUUUAGUGUGGGUUAUUGGUUCAGCAACAGGGUCUGUUUCAAUGUAUCAAGUUCAGCUAAACAGGAAAUAGAACAAUUACUACACAGAUUAAAUAUAAACUUCUGAAAAUAAAAAUUAUGCAAACGAU